AGGCUCUGGACACAAAGGAAUUCAGGAUGGCUGAGGAAGAGAAGACCGGGAAGGAAGGUCUCAUUGAGUUCUAUUCGUCUUACCGGGAACUCUUUGAGUUCUUUUGCAAUAACACGACCAUUCAUGGAGCCAUCCGGCUGGUAUGUUCACGUAACAACCGCAUGAAAACCGCCUUUUGGCUCGUCUUGUUCCUAGUCACCUUUGGCCUGAUGUACUGGCAGUUCGGACUCCUCUUUGGACAAUACUUUAGUUAUCCGGUGAGCAUUAAUCUCAACGUCAACUCAGACAGACUGCUGUUCCCAGCUGUGACCGUGUGCACCCUAAACCCAUACAGGUACCAUUCUAUUCUGGGUGACCUGGAUCAGCUGGAUAGGGACACUCAACAACUCUUGUACAGUCUCUAUCAGUACAAUGUGACUGGAGUACAAGGCAGAGUCCCUACAAACAGGAGAAGACGUCAAGCCAUGGAACCGCUUCCAUUCCCUCUCCAGAGGGUCCCAGUUGAAGGAGGUGCUCACAGGGUGGUCAGAAGUGCAGAGGAUAAUACCGAUGGAAAACCAAUUUCAGUGAACCGUCAGGACUGGCAUAUAGGCUUCAAACUGUGUAAUGAGACAGACGGGGAUUGCUUCUACCAGACAUACAGCUCGGGCGUGGACGCUGUGCAGGAGUGGUAUCGCUUUCAAUAUAUAAAUAUCCUCGCUCGAGUACCAAAGGAUGGCGAGGUCACUGAAGAGCAGCUGGAGAAUUUCAUCAUCGCCUGCCGAUUUAACGAAGAACACUGCAUGCAGGCUGGGAACUACUCACAUUUCCACCACCCCAUCUACGGAAACUGCUACACAUUCAACCACAACCACUCUGAGGGUGACACAUGGAGCUCCUCUAUGCCGGGGAUGAAAAAUGGUUUGACACUCGUCCUUCACACUGAGCAGCACGACUACAUUCCACUCUUAUCCUCUGUCGCGGGGGCACGUGUACUGGUUCAUGGCCACCAUGAACCGGCGUUCAUGGAUGACAGUGGUUUUAACAUCCAGCCUGGGGUGGAGACCUCCUUAGGCAUGAGAAAGGAAACAAUCAGCCGCCUGGGUGGAGAUUACAGCGAUUGUUCUGAAGAUGGCAGCGAUGUUGAUGUGAAGAAUUUAUUUAACAGUGAAUAUACACAACAGGUCUGCGUCCGCUCCUGCUUCCAAGCAGAGAUGGUGAAGCGCUGCGGCUGCGCCUACGCCUUUUACCCGCUGCCGGAAGGAGCCGAGCUAUGUGAUUACAAGAAACACAAGAGUUGGGGUCACUGUUACUACAGACUCAGUAAGGAAUUUAAUUUAGACGAUUUGGGCUGUUUUACCAAAUGUCGCAAACCUUGCCUGGUGACCGACUACAUUCUGAACGCCGGAUAUUCUCGAUGGCCAACUAAAGUCAGCGAGGACUGGGUGUUUCACACAUUGUCCCAAACCAACCAGACUGAAAGGAACAUGGUUGCAAAACUCAACAUCUACUUUCAAGAGAUGAAUUAUAAAACCGUCCAGGAAUCGCCGACAAUUAACAUGGUGACGCUGUUGUCACUGUGUGGCAGCCAGUGGAGCCUUUGGUUUGGCUCCUCUGUCCUUUCGGUGGCGGAAAUGGGUGAGUUGGUUAUCGAUGUAGUUAUAAUCAGUGUGAUCAUCCUCCUUCAGCGUUACCGCAACCGCAAGACACCAUCUGUAGAAGACACAGGGAGCGAUCCACCCCCCGACCCCUCUUUUGGACCAACCGAACGAAGAAGCAGUCACAUGCCACACAACAUCCCCUGCCAGACCCAAAUGAGUGUGGUGGCCGACAUCACUCCCCCGCCGGCCUACGAGACCCUCGAUCUCAGCUCUCUGGGAGGUGGGUCCUCUCGAUCAUCCAGCAUUCGAAGCCACGUGUCUCAACGUAGAAAUUCUGGCUGGAGAGGCGAAUGAGGAGAGGGGUGAUUACAAGCAGAGUAUGAAAUGAGUGCACAAUGGGUGGUGUGAACUGAGAGAGUAUGAGGGGAAAAUAUCACGACUGCACACAAGAAAGGAAAACAAAUUGACCUAGUUUCUCUUUGUAGUGGAAGAAAAAUUACAUGGUCAUUAGGUUAAAAA